CUUCCGGUGCGCGCUGCAUUGUGGGUCAGUAGUAGCCGGGAUGGUGGGGGAGGUGGAAGCGGCCGAGGUUCCCGAGCGGUUCCGCUCCUACUCGGAGACCGAGAGGCACUGGCAGGCCCGCCGCGAGUUCAUCCUGCGGAACCUGCCCCCGGACUGGGCGGGGGAAGCGCCCUGGCCCGCCGGCCGCAUCGACCACCUGCUCUCGCUCUCCAUGGUGUGGGCCAACCACCUCUUCCUGGGCUGCAGUUACAGCAAAGACCUUUUAGACAAGGUAAUAGAAAUGGCUGAGGGGAUUGAAGUUGAAGAUGCACCACAGUUUACUACGCGAGAUGAAAUAAUGAAAAAGUAGCACCGAUGGGCUCCAGCCAUAGAUGUGAGACCUACUGUUCCAGGCCCCAUAUAAACACAGACAGUCCCAGCCCUGAAGAGUUUACAGCUUAAGCAUAAGAUGAGACCACGCAGAUUCACUAGAAAGGGAAGUUCAAGGUAAAAAUGAGACAACACAGGCCAGUAUAAUAAGCAGCAGUCACAGUCAACGAGCUGCCUAACCUCUGUCAAUAUUUUUAUAUGCAUCACAGAAGAGAAUUUGAAGGACAAUGAGGUGGACUUCAUUAACCAUUCUGGAUGAAUAUAUUCCAUCUGUGGUUGGAGGAAGGAAGAGGCACAUGAUGUUAAGGAUGAGCAACACAAAGUUAUUUUCAUUAUGUACUGUAAUUAGCUGAGCAAGGUGGUUCAGCUGGAUGGCAUUUCUCUGUUGGGCAUAUACUGUUUCAGUUCCAGUUUUGAAAUCGAAUAUCAAUACAUGCAAAAGUCAGUAAAUAGUUCAUGAAAAAUUAUAAUACAAACUGUUUACUGCAGUAGUGUACCAAUAAAGGCAGAGCUUGCUUUUUCUGGUCAGAAUUUCAUAGUCUUUUAGUUUCUAACUGGGGCCAAAUUAAACUUCUGGUUUUUUUCCAAGUGGAGUAUUGAGCAAUAUGCAGGCAUAUAUUUACAUUGCUCCCUUUUUAUUACUCAUUUGUACAAUGUCUUACAAAUUAGUCCUUAAAAUGCAGUUUGGCAAAGUGAUUAAUAUCAGCACCUUUGCUGCGUCGAUAUCCCGUGCAUUUUCAAUGUAUGCCAAGGGCUUAUCUACAUGGGAAAAAAGUUCACAGCAGCUGGUGCACACUAGCUAUUCUGCACUAAGUGCCCCAGUAGACACUCUUACUGUACUCUAAAAUUGUUCCUCCACUUUGGAAGUUCAUUAGGCUAAAUUACCCCCAGGCAUUCAAAUGCACAAUAAGUGUCCACAUGGGUAGCUGGUAGGCAAUAGCUAUUGUGCUUUAAAUUCAAACGCUAGUUUACUUUGCAUUUACUUCCCUGUGUAGGCAAGUCCUUAGUUUAAUGACAAAAAUAAGUUUGUGCUGGCUUGUGCAUCCUCAGCAAAAUUGUUAACUAAGAUAGAAAUACAGUUUCCUGUCAUGCCUUAUACUUGUACAACCCCCUUAGAGAUUCCAUGAUUCCAGGAUGGAAUCUGAAGUCUAAAGAUUGCAUGCGUAUCACUGGGGACAAAAUAGGGCCUGUAAAAUCUUUAUUACAGAUUAUGUGAUAUUACAGCGACCCAACCUAACUUUCCGAUUACAGGGAGAAGUUAUUGAAGUGGCAAUUAGAAAAACCCCACCUCACUUCAAUUGUAAACUAAUGAAAUUUGAUAGAGUCUCUGAGAAACAGACAUAGAACUAGACAAUGUCACUUUUACAGUCACAUUUAAAAUGUAGUUAGCUGAAAUCAUUGUGUCCUGCAGGAGUUUGUUUUCUAGGUGGAAUAGGUAGGAGACCCAACUGUUUGGCUACAAUUAGAAAAUAAACAUCAAAAAUACAUCUCAGUAACAGUAUGUGAUACAUGAUUGAAAAGCAUUACCUAAAUCUAUUAGAUAAAAUUCAGAAAAUCCCAUAUUCACAAUUUAAGAAAGAGUAAAUAUAAAUAAUAUCAUCCUAUUAUGUAUCAACUUCUAUAGUAAUAUAGAAGAUCUCUUAUUUAGGAAUUACUCAAUUUUGGAUGAUCAGAGAUCAAGUUAUAGUGAACCUAUUUCAUGUGUGUUAAUAUGAGAUGUGAAAGAGCUGUUAAGUCAUUAAUACUUUCCCUGCAUGUGGCAAGCUAUUAAGCAUCUUAUAGAUCUGGGGUAGGCAACCUAUGACAUGCGUGCAAAAGGCGACAUGCAAGCUGAUUUUCAGUGGCACACUCACUGCCUGGGUCCUGGCCACCAGUCCUGGGGCUCUGCAUUUUAAUUUCAUUUUAAAUGAAGCUUAUUAAACAUUUUAAAAACCUUAUUUGCUUUACAUACAAACAAUAGGUUAGUUAUAUAUUAUAGGACUUAUAGAAAGAGACCUUCUAAAAAUGUUAAAAUGUAUUACUGGCAUGCGAAACCUUAAAUUAGAGUAAAUAAAUGAAGACUGGGCACACCACUUCUGAAAAGUUGCUGACCCCUAUUAUAGAUAUAACAGUGAUACCAAUGAACUUUUUAUUAGUGAGAAAAAGGAUGGCCUAGGGGCCAAAACACAGGACAGAGUCAGAUGAUAUGGGUUCUGUUUGCAGCUGUGCCACUGACUUGCAGUGUGACUUUGGAGAAGUCACUUAUCUGUGCCUCAGUUUCCCAGUCAGUAAAAUGGGGCAGAUACUUCCCUACCUCAUACGAGUGAGAAGACUUACAGGACCAAAUUAAGCUCCAGUGUAGGUAAACAUGUCUCCACUGAACACUAUUAAUGAGUUACACAUCACAGCACAGUUUUCCUCAUAUUUGUAAAGUGCAUAAUAUUAGCAUUUAUCAAAAGAAAGAUUCAACACUUAAACUAAGCCCUUUGAAAGAGAUACAAAAGAAAGGAACAAAAGAAUAUCUUGCACUGAGGUUAUGUAUUUAACAGUUUUACAUGUAAUAUUUAUAUAUAAAAACUUUAAGUGCUUUUCUCCAAUUUAAAAAUCUAAAGAAUUCAAAAAUAAGGCAUUCAAUAUUUGAAAAAGUACAGAUUUACAAAAUGUGUAUAUUCUUUCAUGAAAACUCCACAUCAACAUUAUACACUUGGGAAAAAAAUACAAACAGGAUAUAUUACAAAUUUAUGUAGCAAUAACUUAGUUCAUACCAUGCAAUAAAAAGUACAUUAAUCAAGAUACACAAGCUUUUAAAGUUUCUAAACUGAAGGGCUUAAUUGUUUUGCAAACAUGUUGGUAUGCAAAUCCUUAGAACUUCUGGCACUUAAAAUUUCUGAUAGCCUUUCUACUGAGUGUUAAAUUGUACCCAAUGAUCAUGAGGAGGAAGAUUAACAAAGUAGUCAUCUAUUAUGAAUCGUUCCAGCUUUGCUCAACAAUAGCUGAAACUCUUUUCUCAUAUUCACGUUUGUUUUCCUGAUAAAGUUGUGCUGCCUGACUGUUUGCAGGACUGUUUGGAUUAGGUUCAUCAAGCAGAGACUGUGAGAGGAUGGGAGAAAGAAAAAAAAAAAAAAAAAAAAAAAGAGAGAUAUUUGGACCAUUAUGUUCUAGAUAGUAAUUUCAUUAUUAAAAAGGACCACCAUGGGGAACAAUAGGAUGUUGAUUCUACAACUAGCUCAAGCCCUAUAUUCCUGGGGGAAUUCUGUGCCACUGCAAAAUGCAGAAUUUCAUGUUUCUCCCCCACAGAAUGGGGCUGCAGAGCUGCUGGCUGCCAAUAGGGGCUGCUGGACUCUGCAGAGCCCAGCUCUUGAGCGGAGCACCCAGCCUCUUCAUUCUCCCUGGGAUGGGAGAGGGCCUGGGAGACCCAGGUCUGGCAAAGGGUGAGGAAGAGCAGGGCUGCACCUCGCCACAUACCAGGUGGAACAGUAAAGAAGCUUGGGAGAAUAAAGGCUCUGGGGGUGAGGAUGUCUAGGUCAGUGGGUGCCUCACCACCAGGGGGGGAGAGGGUAUGGGUAUCUCAAAUCCCCCUCCAGCAUCCCCCAACUGGAACCAAAUUGUCAUAGGGGUUUCUUUAACUCUCUACUCCUGAGGGAAUCUCUUUUGUUAUGUGUAUUGUUGACACACUUGACAGGUAUUUUGAAAUAAAAUACCAAAAUAAUUGAAAAUGGAUUGAUUACAUUGUGUUAUUUUGACAAAUAAAAUAUGCAGAUUUUUGCAGAAUUUUAAAAUAUUGUGCACAUAAUUUUUAAUUUUUUGGCACAGAAUUCCCCCAGAAGUAACCCUAACAUAUGAAAUAGUUCCAUCCUAAAUUGAUGCAGUCCAAGUAGCUGGAUUCCAGUAAUACUGUCUCGCUAACAAUUUCGUAAGCAUAACAGAACAUAGGCUUCAAAAUAAAAUAGUUAAAAUUUCUCACACACACUCUGGCCUUAAAUGCACGUACAUUACUGACACCCACUGUCACAUUUGGAAUAAUAAUGGUUAGAAAAAUGAAUCCAAAUAAAUGACCUCCUAUAAGCAUUCCCUGUCAGGAUUAUUUUUAUUGCUUAGAAAUACAGUGAAUAUAUAGUUCAUCAACUAAUUAGUCUUUGAAAUAAGCUUAAAAGCUCUUGAUUACUUUUGAGUACAGUUCAUUGGUGUUGAUGCUGUCUGUCUAUGUCACUGUGUCAUUGAUUUUGUGAAGGAGGGUAAUCAUCAUAUACUUAGCUUGCUAAAAAUUACCUGAAUUGAAGUUAAAAUAGAUGAAACAUCAUAUGUUGGACUCCAGCGAUUCUGAAGUAUGUCUAAACAUAUGCUACCAUCCGCAUAAACUGUAAAUGGAACAUAGAAAUUAUUUAAAACUCUGGCCAUCUUUAAUCUGUUGUGAUUAAACACUGCAUGAAUGGAUGCACUAUUUAUAUUGGAAUAUGACAAUUCAGUUUCACUAAACAUUUUACAAAGCAUGAUAAAGGGAAAUAAAGUGUACUUCUGAGGAGAGCAUUUCAGUAAGAAUCUGUAAGAACCCCAGUUUUAUACCUUGUAUUUAGGGGGAAAUACAUAUUUUGUUUGCUUUCAGUAACAUAAGAGGAGAGGAAGGAUGGUCCAGUACUUAGGGCUCUAGCCUGGAAUGUGGGAGGUCUGGGUUCAAUUCCCUCCUCCAUUUGUUUGAUCUUGGGCAAGUCACUUAGUCUCUCUGUGACUCAGUCUCCUAUCUGUAAACCAGGGAUAACAGUAUUUCCCUACUUCACAGAGGUGUUGUGAGGAUAAUUAUGUUAAACGAUUGUGAGGAACUCAUAAUAUGGUAAUAAGGACCAUAUAAAGUACCUAAAAAAGAGAUACUGGAAUUUUGUUUCACAGUGGGGAGAAAGAAAUGAGUAGGCAGAUUUGAAUUUGGGUAGGGGGUGCCUACAUUUCUCAUGGCCCACGUGGUGGAAGAAUCAUCCUGGUGCUACAUCUGCCACAGUGCUGACUCAAACUGAUGUGAUGCCAGAGAUCUUCACUCAGUUUUUGCCUAACAGGAGCACUAGUAUUCUUGAGCAGCAGAAGUAUAAUUACACUUCUUUGCUGCUUCUUAGAGAACGGGGAAAAAUACAGUUCAUCUACCCCUCACACCAAGGGUAUGUCUUCACUACCCACCGGAUUAGUAUGCAGCGAUGGAUUCAGUGGGGAUCGAUUUAUCGCGUCUAGACUAGACAAAUCGAUCCCCGAGCACUCUCCCGCCGACUCCUGCACUCCAGUGCCACGAGAGGCACAAGCGGAGUCAACAGGGGAGCAGCAGCAGUCGACUCACCGCGGUGGAGACACCACAAUAAGUCCAUCUAAGUACAUCGACUUCAGUACGUUAUUCAUGUAGCAAAAGUUGCAUAAUUUAGAUCAAUCCCCCUCCCCCCCAGUGUAGACCAGGGCCAAGUGUCUUGUGAAGUGUCUCUGGAGCAUGACUGGAGAAGCACUAAGGACCCAAUCCUGCUCCCAGGGAAGUUAAGAUUCCUGCUACCUUGAAUUAGUGCAGGAUUGUGACACAUAUGCACACAUGAAGCAAGUGUAUUCCUGAUGAAAAAGGGGAACAGAGAAAAGAAGGGGGAAAAAAAAAAAAACCCCUAAGAGCAAAGGAGAGAUGCGCAUAACAGAGGAAGUAACAACUCAGCCUAUGUUUACAGGACAGAUCCACGCUCCCGCUCCGGCGAUCAGUGCGCCAGGGGUCGAUUUAGCGUGUCUAGUGAAGACCUGUUAAAUCAAUGGCAGAGUGCUCUCCAGUUGACCCCAGUACUCCACGGGGAAUGAGAGGAGUAAGGUAAAUCAACGGGAGAAUGUAUCCUGUCAACCCAGCACAGUGUAGACACCACAGUAAGUCAACCUAAGCUACAUUGACUCCAGCUACGUUAUUCAUGUAGCUGGAAUUGCGUAACUUAGAUCAACUUACCAUGGUAAUGUAGACAUAGCGUAGGUAGCUAGUGACAAGUAUUAGGGUCUGAAUUCAGUCCCUUGCCGCUUAGGCCAGCAAUACUUCAGAAGUAGUUCAUUCAGUUUUUAGGAGCAUGAGUAUAUCAUUCUAGCAGGCUGAAGGAGCAGCAUUGGUAAGCUUUGUAAAAAAAUAAAAAUAAAAAAUACACCAAUGUCUCCUCUGCCAAACAGAAGACUGCCACUAUUCAACACAGGUAGGUGCAGUGGAACAAGGAAGUAAAAAGGACUAUCCAAAGACCUUCCUCAAAAUGAAGGAGCAGAAGGAAAAAAAUUAAGUGUUUGACUUUAGUGAGAGCAGGAGACAAGUGAUCCAGAAAUAAAGCAUCUUGCUAAAAUGGAAAGUUCCCAGAAACCUACAUUGGCUAUAAGGGAGUAGGAUAUCAAUAGUCUUCCAAGAUAUUUCAUUUCCACACUGACUAAUAUUUGCAUUAGCUAACAAGACGACACAAUGACUACAGAAUGCAGGAGUAGCUUCUUCUAAUUAACUUUCCUGGCAUCAGGAUUUUUACUGAACAUCUGAUAUACUGUACAUCUACUUUGGAAAAAAAAAAUGUUAAACAUUGCUGAGCUUCACAGGCUAUGAUAUCACACUAUCCUAUUCUAUAUUUGUUUUGGCUAAAAAAGUAUGAAUACUCACCAUUUGGAUGAAACAUUUUUGAUAAAAACCUAACAGUUGGAGGCUUAUUUGGAUAUUCUUCUGAAAAUUCUAUUAUUAGUUUAAAAGUACCUGUCCAAAAAAGCAAACAUACAAACACCAUGUAACUAUAAUUGUAUCAAAACAUCUUUGUGAACACUUAACGUGUUAUUUAUAUUUCAAAUGUCAAUAAAACUGAUACCUAUUGCUAUGAACAAAAAUAGCAUCAGCAUCUUCGUAAUAUUGAGACAAGCCUACUCAAUACACAGACAAGCAACUAUUUAAAUAGAGUACAACUUCAGUUAUCUAAAAAUUGUAACUGACACCUAGUUCAGACCACUGGAGGAUUUUCUGUGUAAUUACCAGAUGCUGAGGAGGUGACACUGCAUUUGGAUAACAGGAAGUUUUGGACAACUAUGUGUCCCCAAUAGUUAAAAAAAAUAAAAUAAAAACAGCGAGCGAGCCCGCGUUAAUCUGCCAUUUUAUUCAGCCAAAGUUUCCAAAUGAUUCCUGUUUUGACAGUUUUGGGGAUUCAGUGGAUCAGAAGGUAGAGUUUUCCUGCCUGGAUCAAACACUUCUAAAGAAGAAUUUUUUUUAAAGGAGAACUACUGAAUUUCUAUGGACACCAUUAAUCAACAAUUUAAAAAUAACCACUAUCACCACCCACUAGCUAUUUUAGUGUCUCUUCAGUUGGCCUGACCUUCCAGUGCUCAGUCAUUGAAAUCCAUGGGAGUUUGACAUAAAAAUGGACUAUGGCUGAGCCCAGUACAUGAAAAGAUGGAUUUUUAUAAGAAAUGGCUUCUACCUUUAAAACUUGAGACUGAUUUACUGAAAAAUAUUUAUUAAGGACCAGUGAAUAUAUUUGCCACAUAUCACCAAUUUCAACCAAUUUCCAUCUACUUCUACCCAACCUCUCCCUUCGCCCCCCCCACAAAUAAAACAACCCCAGUAAGCUAUUUUCUGACUUGCAAGAAAACUAGAAAAUCCCCUUCUUAAUGACUAUUUCUUGCAGAUCAUUGCAAUGAGUUUCUGACAAAUAAUUCUUUAACUGACACCCACCCCGGUUACUGCCUAUACAGUAGAUAUUACACUUAUAUAGUUCUUUUGUGUUUGUUUAUAAUCCGAUUUUCAUUAAGCGAUCAAUUCAAGAUUAUUUCCUCUUGCUCUUAAAUGAAAACAACACAAAGGUGAAUCAGAAUCAUGUGCUAAAAACAAAGCCAUAUAUAAUCAGAGAGCGUGAAAACUCUUUGUGAUUAGGCAUAAGACAUAUGAAACAGUCUGAUGGUAUUAGCCUUCAACAUCUCCUACUGAACAUUCCACUCUCCCUGUAUAUAAACACUUCUAGAUAUGGCCACUGCUUCACAGGUUUACAGUUACUCAUCAACCACUCUAGAGACAAGACAACUCACUGGAACUAAUUUUGGUCAAAGUACUGUAGUCUCAGUUAGACAGCAAGCCCUUACCAACUCACGUUGUUUGUUGGCUUGCUUUUUCUAGUUCAAAAUUAAGUUCUGUGUGUAUUAUGGUUAAAAAAAUAAAACAA